GUAGAUACAAUUUUCAUUCGUUUCAGUCAACGCAAGCAGGACUCUGAGUUUUCUGAUUUCUUGCCAUCAAAUCAUAUCAAAAAAAUCUUAAAAUAUUUAAAAGUUUAUUAUUUCCAUAAGCAAACAAGAUGGAUAAUCUAAUAUGCCAGAGUGUUAGCAGAAUUUUAACUAUUGUACACAUGACAAGGAUUAACAUUGAUAUGCAGAUUGUAGAGCUAUUCUCUCUGAAAUUUAAUCCGCUUAAAUUUAAAACUGCAAAGCUGGAUAGGUUAAUAGAAGAAUUUGGAUGAUAUUUAAAAAAAUUAAGCAUCUGCCUCAUCAUUAUGACCGAUAAAAAAGAUAAAGAAUUUCUCGAGUUGGCAGAUAUGAUGAAGUCAUUGUGACCUUUUUUAUUUGAAACCCGUAUUUUAUGUAUCUGUUGUUGACCUAACUGAAUGUGUGUGAGGCGCGUGUAUGUGUGCGUAUCUACUAGUAUGCGAGAUGUGUACACUUGCGUCUAUGUGCAUGGGUAUUAAAACAGAUGUGGCACUUAACAUAAAUUCCUUUGUUGCGAGAUAAUGCAAGCAAAGGCUGGAAUUCGAUAAGGCCAAAGUCAUAACUAGGAGCCACAACUGGAAGGAUGUAAUCGGCUGUCAACAUUUAGGAUUGUGAAGUGGAUGAACGUAACUAACAAUGAACGGCAUUUCCAAGGAAGACGUCAUCAGCACGGACCCGGUACAUAAGAUAAUGACUAAAACCAAAACACCAUUUCAUAGAAAGAUGGCUAAGAUUACUAAUGUCCCAAUUGAUAAUCUCCAUUCCAUAUUGCUCUAUAAAUGUCACGCCAUAAGUAUAUUGAAAUCAAAAAAUCAAUGUAUCAUUAUCCUUAUGUUAUAUUGUAUUCCAUUCACAUAUAUGUACAUAUAUAUUGCGUUCAGCAUGGUGGUUGCAAGCCAUGUGAACCAUAAAAAUAGUUUCGUUUCAGGUACUCAUAAAAACCAAUCCAACCAACAACCAACAAACCAACUACAAACAUCGUCGACAACUAAUGCAAAUUUUUUGUUUAAUUUAUGUAUAUUGAUAUAAUGUUAGACGUAUCUUUCACAUAUCUUAGUCCUUUGCCUAAUAGUUUUUGCUUUUCAAAACUUUUAGCACCAAAGUAUCAGACUGCAUAUGCUUGUGAAGGUAAGAAAUUAACAAUUGAAUGCGAAACAGGUGAUCUGAUAAAUCUGAUACGGGCGAAUUAUGGGCGAUUUUCAAUAACGAUAUGCAACGAUCAUGGGAAUAUGGAAUGGAGUGUUAACUGUAUGUUCCCCAAAAGCUUAACGGUGUUGAAUUCGAGAUGUGCUCACAAACAGAGUUGUGGUGUUUUGGCUACAACGAGCAUGUUUGGCGAUCCCUGUCCGGGUACGCAUAAAUACUUAGAAGCGCAUUAUCAGUGUAUAUCGGCAUCACAAACUUCGACCACAACAAAUCGUCCAAGUCCACCACCGUGGGUAUUGUCAAAUGCGCCACCCCUAUUACCCAAUGGUAGUUCGUCUAUUAUAAAUCCUGCCAUAUUAACACCCCCUGUGCAACCGGCCCAACCACUUCCACCACGUGUUCCACCUAUACCAUCGUCUCCGGGGCCACCAACAAUACACACCACGCUGCCAGGAGGAAGACUCAAAGCCAACAGCUCGAUGAAAACACCCACAAGACAUGACGGUCCGCCUCCAUUACAUCAUCAUCAUGGUCACUCGAAUGGCAAUCAUCACGGUGGUUCUGCAAACGAACAACAAAAGGAUGUCUUACCUCGAGAACAUGCUCAUAAGGCUAGCCAAGAAACAAAACCCAGCAAGGCACCAGCAAAUGGUUCCAGCAACACAACCACACCUCCUAACACUAGAAUCCUUACGGGAGUUGGGGGAACUGGCAGCGACGAUGGCACAUUACUAACGACGAAAACUACCACCAGACAACAACAAUUGCCAAACCCUUUACCGUCCGGUACGACAACCGCAUCAACACUAGGAAAUGUAAAUGCCACCCUAGGUACAGGUAUUAUAAAAUCCAUUAACAAUAUCAACAUGAAUAGUGGACUAGUCGGUGAAGACGAAGCCAAUAUGUUUUGUGGUCCAACGAACGCUAGAAAUCUUUUUUGGAAUGUAACUCGCGUGGGUGAUGUCAAUGUUCAACCUUGCCCAGGAGGGGCUACUGGCAUAGCGAAAUGGCGGUGCGUAUUGAUGAAGAGAAUCACCUUGGACGAAGAGGAAGAGCUACAGUCCUCUACUCAAACUCCCCUGUGCAAUGGAACGACCUGUAUAAACCUUCGGCUAAGGAGCUUUGAACCUACUUGGCAUCCAUUAACGCCUGAUUUAACUCAAUGCCGCAGUCUUUGGUUGAGCAACCUGGAGGUUCGUGUUAGCCAACGUGACUCUUCACUGAUUUCAAUAGCCAACGAUUUGUCUGAGGUCACCAGCAGUAAAACACUCUACGGCGGAGAUAUGUUGGUAACCACCAAGAUCAUACAGACCAUGUCGGAAAAGAUGUUCCACGACAAAGAGACUUUUCCGGAUCAGCGUUUGAGAGAGGCCAUGAUUUUGGAACUUUUGCAAGGUGUUGUCAAAACUGGAUCAAAUCUUUUGGAUGAGUCGCAGUUGUCGUCGUGGUUAGACCUGAAUCAAGAGGAUCAAAUGAGGGUGGCUACAUCUUUGUUAACUGGUUUGGAAGAAAAUGCAUUUCUUUUGGCCGAUACCAUAAUAAGGGAAAGGAAUGUUGUACAAAAAGUUAAGAAUAUAUUGCUCUCUGUGCGAGUUUUGGAAACCAAAAAUAUGCAAUCGAAUGAAGUUUUCCCUGACAAUGGUCAGUGGCAAAUCAGUGACGAUCGGAUUGAGUUGCCUAAAGCAGCGCUAAUUGAAAACAGCGACAGCGGUCUUGUUCGAGUCGUAUUUGCUGCUUUUGAUCGUUUGGAAUCAAUUUUAAAGCCUUCUUACGACCAUUUCGAUAUAAAAUCGGCCAGAAGUUAUAUACGCAGCACCGCGAUUUUAGGAAAUGAUUCUGUUGAUGCAUCCAAUGCACCCCUGCCACAACGUAUUCGUAUCCUAAAUAGCAAAGUUAUAUCUGCCAGUUUGGGCAAGGGACGCCACAUACAACUAUCGCAACCUAUCAAAUUAGUUCUGCGACAUUUAAAAACUGAAAAUGUCACUAAUCCCACAUGUGUCUUUUGGAAUUACAUAGACCAUGCGUGGUCUGCAAACGGCUGUGUUUUGGAAUCGACAAACCGUACACAUAGCAUAUGCAUGUGUAACCAUUUGACAAACUUUGCCAUACUGAUGGAUGUAAUGGAUGAUCAUACGCAUUCCCUGUUCACCAUGUUCGAUGGGAACAUGCGCAUCCUGAUUUAUGUCAGCAUAUCAAUCUGCUUGAUAUUCAUAGUGAUAGCGUUAUUGACACUAAAGAUAUUCAAUGGGGUAUUCAUUAAGUCUGCACGAACAUCUAUUUAUCGCAGCAUUUAUAUAUGCUUACUAUUUGUCGAAAUUCUCUUUCUAAUUGGUAUUGAACAAACGGAAACGAGUAAAUUUUGUGGAUUUAUUACUGUAUUUUUACAUUGUGCCAUAUUAACUGCCAUUGCAUGGUUUUGUUUUGAAGCAUUCCAAUCAUAUAGCACUUUGACCACCGAUGACAUAUUGCUGGAGGUUGACCAAACCUCUAAGGUUAACUGUUACUAUCUGCUGUCAUAUGGUCUAUCGCUAACCAUAGUGGCUAUAUCUUUGGCUAUUAAUCCUAGCACUUACACUCAGAAUGACUACUGCGUCUUGAUGGACACGAAUUUGCUAUUCUAUGUGACCUUUGUAACUCCGGUGACGUUGUUCACAAUGGCUGCCUUGGGCUACACAUUUCUCUCAUGGGUGAUAAUGUGCCGAAAGGCUAGAUCUACACUAAAGAAUAAGGAACACACAAGAUUGGCUAAUGUUCGUUUCGAUAUACGUUGCUCGUUCAUAUUUUUAUUAAUGCUGUGCUCCGUUUGGCUUUCGGCUUAUUUUUAUUUGAGACGAUCGAAAAUCGAUGAUGAAAUGGCUCAAUUGUAUGGUUAUCUAUUCAUUGGCUUCAACACAAUGAUGGGUAUCUACAUUUUUGUUUUUCAUUGCAUACAAAAUGAAAAGAUUCGUCGAGAGUAUCGGAAAUAUGUUCGGCAAAAUUCUUGGCUGCCAAAAUGUUUGCGUUGUUCGAAAACAUCCAUAUCUUCUGGCAUCGUUGGGGGAAGUGGAUGUGGUAUGAAUUCUGCUGGUACUCUAACCAAUAACGCAAACUCUUUGGGUGGGCCGAAUAUGGGAACGCAAUUGAAAAAGUCGAAGUUGACUAUUGGCGACGCCAACGAAAAUGAAGAGAUUGGAAAUAUAGCGGCAUCGGAAGACGUGAUAAUGAGCACCAGUGACUGUGAGAUAAAUGAAGGUAUUCCUCGGCGUCAGGGACAGUCAUCGGCGACCGCAGGGGCUGGUGGAACCUUAAAGAGUGGUGUUAUGCCAGGUAAUCUUGUGGUGCAACAUGCACCAUCGAAACCAACUGAUCCUUCCAUACAGGCUAAUCACAGUGGAAUGGAACGCAAUUCGAAUAUUAUUAUGGGAAUACCGGGAGCUUCUGGUACCUUGAGAUCGACUGGCGGUAUGCAUACUCCAAGUGCUGGACAUACAUCACCAACGUCUUCGGUUAGCUCGACACAUUUAAUUUUCGGGCAGGGACAUAAGCAACAGCAGCUGGCUGGAGGCAGCAUAAAUGGCCAGCCAACUCAAGAGGCUUUUUACCACCAACCCGAUUACUAUGCUUGGCAGCAAAAAGCAUUGAAGGGCCAAUCGAGAGACUUCCAUGGUACAGGGGUCUCACCCCAGCAACAAACUCAUGAGUUUUUCUAUUGGACGCAAAAGCAUAACCAAGGUCAUAGCAAAAAGAAGCGGGGAAGCAACACUGGUUCAGAUUCACCAAGUGGAUCAUUGCAUUCACGUAACACCGCCACGUCGCAACAAAUAUUAUUCUAUCCCUCUUAUAAAAAGACUACGAUGAAACCGCAGCAAGGGCCAGUUUUGCAACAACAACAUCCGUACUAUGCGGAGGCCAUUGAUCCCGGGGCUCCCCCGUUUUAUCCAAGGCAGCAGCAGCAACAGCGUAGACCACCACAUUCUCAACAGCAACAGCAUCAUCAACUAUCAUCCGAUGAUGAACAGAUGGAACAUGCAGCCCAUGCCCAUCUGUUACAGCAGAUGAACCGUCGGAUUCCCGGUCCAGCUGGAGAAUUUUCUCUUACUCCGGUGACCAUGGGAACUCAACCGCGUUACUAUAGAAAUAAGCAUUCCAACUGUGAUUUAAGCCAACAAGAUAAUUUCGAUUUACAUCGUGUUGGUGGUGGAGGAGGUGCAAACGCCAGUGAAACGUACUACAAUCAAGGAUCACUGGCUGGUGAUAAUGGGCCUGUAUACGAAGAGAUUCUAAGUAAUCGUACCUCAGAUGUACAACAUUAUAAUGUAGACGAUAUGUUGCCUCAGCAACAUGACUACGAAGAUGAACGUGCGAUGCAAGUUGUAUACCAACGUCAACAACAACAGCAGCAACAGAAAAAGAUGUUAAAUCGCUAUCCCCCGCAAUGCAGUGGUCGAGUGGCAGGGAGUAGCCAUGAUUAUGUCGAUGAUUUCGAGGGUCAUGCAGCAGAGAGCCAAAGUCCGUACAGUGAUGAUGAUGACGAUGAUGAGGAGGACGACGAUCGUGAUGAUUGCAGCGAUGAUCAUUUACCUGCGCAAAGUGAUGAGCGCAUGCGAAGAUUGAUGGCAAUGCAAGAUGCUGACUUCCAAAGAAGAUUUCAGCGUCAGUUGCGCAAGAAUGCCCAGGCGAACGAAGGGACAGCACCACCACCCGGCUACCAUGAGUAUCACGAAGCCGUACAACCCUAUUCACAAUCACAAGCACUUCACCACCAACAGCCACAGCUACAGCAGCAAACAUCACAACAUCAACAGCCCAUAACGGUUUUUGGGGUAAGUAGCGGUGCCGGAGGGUCCAUACGCAGCUUUAAGAAAACUGCAAAUGCCUCCGGCAGCCGCUUAGCUGUUAACGAGCUAUUUAGUCAUGGGCCCCCUCUACCGCCAGCCAACCAGCAUCCUUUGCAGAAAAUCAAGCAACCACAGUCACAGCUUCCUCCCCAGCAGCAGCAAAUUUCGCCACCGUCUUUGAAUACUCCAGUAGUCGGUCGAAAUAUCUCAGCUAUGUUGGAUGAAAAUAAUACUGUGCGAUGUUAUUUGGAGCCUUUAGAAAAGUAAAUCGUCGCAAUCGUCACAAACUCUUUAUGCAUUCUAUUCGCAGACAUUCUCGUGAAUGUGUUUAACGAUGUGUAUUUAUUGAACAACAGUAGUUAAGAAAUACCAAAUCAAUCCGACAACAUCAUCAUGCAACAAACUCCCUACCCAUAACAGAACCCAUAGACAUUUCUGAUAAAUGAUCACUACUCACCCACUCACUCAAAUCAUCGUUUUUCCUCCAAAUUCUCUAAUGUGUAGUAGGCCAAGCAGAAACCACGCAUUAAAUGUAAUUUAACAAAUAUACAUUCUUAGAUAUAUAAGACCGAAAAGUAUAUUUAGCAAACAUUGUAACAACUAACCCCUAAAUCCAUCACCUCCCUCCCCUCUCAAAAAAAAAAACUCGUAACUGUGUAAGUCGAUUCAGAAAGUUGCUACAAAUGCGCCAUUUUGUUGAUUAACCUUAGAAGAUAUUUUUAUAUGAAAAAUUACGUGCAUACCAAUGUUUAUAUAUUUGUUUUUUUUCUUUUCUUUUUUGUUUUGUCCUUUUGUUUUACAUUAAUUACCAUCAAUACAAUGUGUAUGUAUAUCUUUUAUGCAAAUAGAAAAGCUUUCCCCUAUGCAGAUUACGUGGAUAAUAGAGAAUAGGUUCUACUCCUAUAAGUUACAUUAACUUUAAUCCAUUUUAGGUUUAACAACUGUAAAUGCUUUAGACUAAGAUUACUUAAUAUUAUUUUUUUUUUUUUUGUUAAUGAAUUCGAACAGACCUCUCCCUCUCCCAUUUUAUGUAUGUAUUUUUUUUAAUUGAUUUUUUUUAACAACCUGGAUUUAUUUCUGAAUUUUCUGUUUUUUUUUUCAUAUUCGUUUCAAUCGAAAGAUUGACUUUAUUUUAUUGAACCUCUCCUUAAAUUACAUGCAUACCGAUGCGUAUGCAAACGAUAUGAAACAAUGUAAACUUUAUGUAAAUUUAUAACUCAUUUAAUAAUAAACCUAAAUGUGUAUAGUAAUGGAUGAACAUUUGAAUGAA